AUGAGUGAAAAGAUUUAUAAUUCGAUGAAAUUCUUAAUUGUUUUAUUAGUUUUAGUUGCAUGCGUUUCAUCCAAACCACAUUUUCCAUACCAAUGUCAAGAGCCAAAUGGAUACACUACAAAUUAUGAAGUUUCUGCCUUUAACUCUUUAUUACCAAACUCCAAUCAACCACCAUUAUCGUUUUUUGAAGCUGGAAAUACCACUACCGACUUUGUUGGUCAAAGAACUUUCAGCUCUUAUGUGAUUCUUUCCGAAGGCCAAGAACCAAUCAUUGGAUCUAUUUGGGAGUUUGGUAAAACCAACGAGGGGUUCAUUUUGCAAAAUGAGGUUUGUGUCAAAGUAUCUUUGAACUCUCCAUUCCCAAUUAGCCUUCCAUUGGGUGACUUAUUGGGUAGCUUCUUGAUUGGUCAAUUCCCAGUUCAAAUCUAUAAUGCUGCUGCUUAUUCCUUCAAUACCAAUCAAACCUACCUUUAUGAUCCAAAGACUUGCUCUUUGGUUUCAUCGACUUUAAGAAACUCCGACAUCUCAAAACCAGGAUUUACCCUAAUGAAUUUCUACAACUUUGAAAACACUUUUACCGAAUCAUGGUUUGAUUUGCCUUCAGCUUGUUUAUCACAAUCUGUCGUCACAAUUCCACAUACUGUAACUCCUCAACUCAACAAUAUUUUAAAAGGAUUCUUUUAA